GAUGCACUUGACAAGAGUGGUCUCCUGAAUUUAUAUCUUUUUAAUUUAUUUUAUUAUAAAUUACAAAAUAAUGAACCUCUCAGCUCUAGCCAUCACUUUUUUAGCCUGUGCUCUUUUAUCAAUGACAGAAGGACUUCUAACACAGCCCCGAUGCCGGUGUACAGAAAUGGUGACAAAGGAAAUCCCUGAUCAUAGAAUUGUGAAGAUGGAGACAUUUCAGCCUGGUCCGCGCUGCAGAAAUCUAGAAAUAAUCGCUACAAUAAAAUUCCGUAAAGUAUUUACAUUGUGCCUCAACCCCAAAGACGCAUGGGUUCAGAAGGCCCUGAAAAGAAGGAACCUGGCACAAUAGAUUGUUACUGCAUUGAAGAUGGUUGAAGGAGAAGAAAAUAAGAAAGAGUUGAUGAAGUAAAAUUUUCUUAACACCUCAGUAUUUCUUCACUCAUCAUAUGAGUAAUUAUCUAGGUUCUAACGGUAUAUGUAUAAAAAUUACACAUGGUCUAUAUUUGCUGUAAUAAAAUCAACAUUGUCUAGUUUUUUUAUUAUACAACAAUUUAUGAACAUUUCACUAAUAUUACUAAUAAAGUCUUUUGAACAUUCAAUACUGUCUGUGUUAUUCACAACUUCAUAGUAAUGGCUCUAAAUAACUUGGACAUACACCAGUAUAAAUAAUUUAAAAACUCUCUAAAUCCUACACCGUGACAAAUAAAUGAAUUAAGCCUACAAAUAUAUCUUAAAUCUUAAUCUACAUUUUUUUUCACAAUUUGCUCCCUUUGUUACUAUAGUUGUCUUAGGCUUUAUCAAUUUAUAGCAAGAAAAUAUAUACACUAUAAGGCCAAAAGUAUGUGGCCAACCUACCAUCACAACCAGAUGUGAUUGCUGAACAAACCAUUCCAAAACCAUGGGCAUUAAUAUGGAGCUGGUCUUCCGUGUGCUGCUAUAAAAGCCUCCACUCUUCUGGGAAGGAUUUCCUCUAGAUUUUGGAGUGUGGCUAUGGGGAUUUGUGUUCAAUCAGCCACAAGAGCAUUAGUCAGUUCAGGCACAGAUGUUGACAAGAAGUCCUGGCUCACAACAGUCAUUCCAAUUCACCCCAAAGGUGUUCAGUGGGGUUGAGGUCAUGGUUCUAUUCAGGCCACUUGACUUCUUCUACACCAGCAUCAGCAGACCCUGUCUUUAUUGACCUUACUUUGUGCACAGUGGCAUUUUCAUACUGGGACAUGUGUGAGCCCCUUAGUUCCAGUGACAGUAAUUCAUAAUGAUACAGCAUACAUCACUUUGUGGCAACAGCUUGCGGAGUAAAUAUGGGUGUCAUGGUCAGGAGUCCACAUACUUUUCACCAUAUAGUGUACAUUCUAGGACCUGUCAUUUCAAGGAUGAGUAAUUAUUUUAUAUGGUAUCAUAAACUAGCAUCUGACUGGCUUAUGACUUAUGAAUGACAUGGGAUCUUUAUUGGCUAAAAUAACAAAACCAUUCAGCAUGGUGUUGGCAACCUAAUAUUAUCGCCUUAAUCAAUCAAUCGAUCGAUCAAUCAAUCAGUCAGUCAGCUAGUGCAGUGGAUAGCUUAGCUACAGGUUCGAUCUGGGUUCGAUCCUGAACUCAGGUUACUAUCUGUGCAGAGUUUUGCAUAAUCUCCCUAUUUGCAUAGGUAGGUGUCCUUGAGGAAAGAUGAACAAUAAAUGAAUGAAUGCAUAGCCAAUACAAUAAUUUUUAAAUAAAUAAAUAAAUAACACAGAAAAGAAACCAAUGAUG